AUGGAAAUCAAAGACGAUGCCAGUCAAUAUCAACAAAUGCGGCGUAUCGCAUUUAUCGCUGUUGUAUUUUCGACUGCUGCCGUUAUCACUGUUGUCAUCACUUUACCUAUGCUUUAUAGCUAUAUUCAAUCAUUCCAUAGUCAUCUGAUGCUAGAAACCGAUUACUGCAAGUUUCGAGCAAGAGAUUUAAUGCUCGAGAUGGCGGCACUCCAAGCAAAGAAGAUGAUUGCUCAACGACAGAGAAGAGGUUGGCUUUUCGGUCAGUGGGCACCUGAAGGAAAUGAAGGAUACGGUGAAACCACUGAAAGCAGUUACCAAUCUCCUGUUCUAAAUGCAGAAUUAGCAUACGCUUGUUGCACUUGCCAUCAAGGACCAGCAGGACCACCAGGUGAACCAGGUGAGCCCGGAAAUAACGGAAAAGAUGGGAUGGCAGGGAAAGAUGGCAGAGAUGGACAUGAUGCUCAAAUAUAUAGCUCGCCACAAAGCGAACCUUGUAUGAUUUGUCCACCUGGUCGCCCAGGCGCUCCAGGAAAUAUGGGCACAAAGGGACCUCCAGGACCGAAAGGGUCACCAGGUGACCCACCCAUGGACGGCAAAAAAGGCCAACCAGGUAUGCCUGGUCAAAUCGGCCCGACAGGAAGAUCAGGAAGAGAAGGACCUCGUGGCCCAAGUGGUUUGCCCGGGAGAGCGAUUUAUACAACUGGCCCACAAGGUCCAACGGGCCCACGUGGUCCACCAGGGCCACCUGGACCAAAAGGAGAGCCAGGACUAAAUGGCCAGUCCUAUCAGGGGCCACCCGGCAUACCAGGCGAACCAGGCGUUCCAGGCCAUGAGGGUUCCCAAGGAUCCCGCGGAAAACAAGGACCACCUGGACAAAAAGGAAUCAUGGGAAGUUGUGGACAUUGCCCAGAUCCACGUACACCCCCAGGUUAUUUCUAA